CCGCCGCGCACCGGCUCCCUCCAGCCCGUCUGGAUUCCGCCGGGCUUGGGGCGUGGAGGUCUGGGCAUCGGGCGCCGCAGCGGGAGCAUGGCCCAAGAGCUGUACCACCCCGAGUUCGCCCGCGCGGGCCAGCAGCCGGGGCUGCAGGUCUGGAGGAUCGAGAAGCUGGAGCUGGUCCCGGUGCCCGAGGGCGCGCACGGCGACUUCUUCGUGGGAGACGCCUACCUGGUGCUGCACACCGCGCGCGCCAGCCGGGGCUUCGUCUACCGCCUGCACUUCUGGCUGGGAAAAGAGUGUUCCCAGGAUGAGAGCACAGCGGCUGCCAUCUUCACCGUCCAGAUGGAUGACUUCCUGGGGGGCAAGCCGGUGCAGAGCAGGGAGCUCCAGGGCUUCGAGUCCACUGAUUUUGUGGGAUACUUCAAAGGAGGCCUGAAGUACAAGGCUGGAGGUGUGGCAUCGGGACUCAACCAUGUUCUCACCAAUGACCUGUCCGCCCAGAGGCUCCUGCAUGUGAAGGGACGCAGAGUGGUCAGGGCCACGGAAGUUUCCCUCAGCUGGGACAGUUUCAACAAGGGUGACUGCUUCAUCGUGGACCUUGGACACGAAAUUUACCAGUGGUGUGGUUCCUCCUGCAACAAAUAUGAGCGUCUAAAAGCAAACCAGGUUGCCAUUGGCAUUCGAGACAACGAGAGGAAAGGAAGAUCUCAGCUCAUUGUGGUGGAAGAAGGAAGUGAACCAUCAGGGCUUAUUAAGGUUUUAGGGAAAAAGCCAGAGCUUCCGGAUGGCGACAAUGACGAUGAUGCUGUAGCAGACAUCAGUAACAGGAAGAUGGCGAAGCUGUACAUGGUGUCAGAUGCAAGUGGCUCCAUGAAAGUGACUCUGGUGGCAGAAGAAAAUCCCUUCUCAAUGGCAAUGCUGCUUUCUGAAGAAUGCUUUAUUUUGGACCAUGGUGCUGCAAAAAAAAUUUUCAUAUGGAAAGGUAAAGAUGCUAAUCCCGAGGAGAGGAAGGCCGCAAUGAAAACAGCGGAACAAUUUCUACAGCAAAUGAAUUACUCUGCCAAUACUCAGAUUCAGGUUCUUCCAGAAGGAGGUGAGACACCAAUCUUUAAACAGUUUUUUAAGGACUGGAAAGAUAAAGAUCAAAGUGAUGGCUUCGGAAAGGUUUAUGUCACAGAGAAAGUGGCUCAGAUAAAACAAAUUCCGUUUGAUGCCUCCAAGUUACACAGUUCUCCGCAGAUGGCAGCCCAGCACAAUAUGGUGGAUGAUGGCUCUGGCAAAGUGGAGAUUUGGCGGGUAGAGAGCAAUGGUAGAGUUGAGAUUGACCCAAAGUCUUAUGGUGAAUUCUAUGGUGGUGACUGCUACAUUAUUCUCUACACUUAUCCCAGAGGAAAGAUUAUCUACACAUGGCAAGGAGCUAGUGCCACACGAGAUGAGCUGACCAUGUCUGCGUUCCUGACUGUCCAGUUGGAUCGGUCCCUUGGAGGGGAGGCCGUGCAGAUCCGAGUCUCCCAAGGCAAAGAGCCUGCUCACCUGCUGAGUUUGUUCAAAGACAAACCACUCAUUAUUUACAAGAAUGGGACAUCAAAGAGAGAAGGGCAGGCCCCGGCUCCGCCUGUGCGCCUCUUUCAGGUCCGGAGAAACCUGGCAUCUGUCACCAGAAUUGUGGAGGUUGAUGUUGAUGCAAAUUCAUUGAAUUCCAAUGAUGCUUUUGUCCUGAAGCUGCCUCACAACGGUGGCUACAUCUGGGUAGGAAAAGGCGCCAGCCUGGAGGAGGAGAAGGGAGCAGAAUAUGUGGCAAGCGUCCUGGGGUGCAGCACCACGAGGAUUCAGGAAGGCGAGGAGCCAGAGGAGUUUUGGGCCUCCCUCGGAGGGAAAAAAGACUACCAGACCUCACCACUGAUGGAAACGCAGGCCGAAGACCAUCCGCCCCGGCUUUAUGGCUGCUCCAACAAAACUGGAAGAUUCCUUAUUGAAGAGGUUCCAGGAGAGUUUACCCAGGAAGACUUAGCGGAGGAUGAUGUCAUGCUGCUAGAUGCUUGGGAACAGAUAUUUAUUUGGAUUGGCAAAGAUGCCAACGAAGUUGAGAAAACAGAAUCACUGAAGUCUGCCAAAAUGUACCUUGAGACGGAUCCUUCUGGAAGAGACAAGAGGACUCCAGUUGUCAUCAUAAAACAGGGCCACGAGCCGCCCACCUUCACAGGCUGGUUCCUGGGCUGGGAUUACAGUAGGUGGUGAACUGAUUUUUGGAAAAAAACAAGCAGUGGAGGCACACGAAGGGCAGUUGUGCCAUUGCCAGGGCGGGGGGAGGGUUGUGCUUUUGGUUUGUUUGGCUUCGGAAAAUUAACCUCAGGUAAACGGCUGUUUUUAUGCUUAGUAUUGGCUUAAAUUCUUUUUAAAGGGAAUUUCUGUCCUGCUGAUAUGUUGAAAUAGCCUAAAGUAAGUUUUUGCUAUGGGCCAAUAUUAGCUGUUCUGGAAACAAGUUUAUGCCUUUUUAUAUGUAUGACCUUUUGGAAAACAAAAUGCUUUGUACUUUCUGGGGAAUUUGUCAAGUAAGACUUCAUAAUUUAAUAAACAUUAGCCAAACUUGUUGUUUAAUAUGCCAUUGUGCCUUUGAAGUUUUUGUCUUUUUUAUGUGUUGUCUUCAAAAGCAUUUUAUAUUUGCAAUAAGGUUUAUGUCAAGAUGGCUUUAAAAAUGUGUUAUUUGCCUUCUCUAGUCAAUGUGACUUUGUUACCAUUAACUGCUAAGUGUCCUUUUCCAAGAGAAACUUUCUUAUUUUUCUUUUUCUUGUCUCUUUAAUAGCUUUUGAAGUCAGUCUUUUCAUGAUAAAACAAAUUGGGUUAUCAGUUUAGCUGUAUGUAUUCCACAGUACAUGUUUACUAUUACAACAGACAUGCACAGAAAACUUUACUAUUGCUCAAUUAUCAUUAAAAUAUAUCUUUCUGGAAA